ACACGUGGCCCAAUGAAAAAGCCACGCAGGCUCUGUAUAGCCAAUUGCAAUCUGGUUUUAGAUUCUCAUCUCACAAAUCUUACUUAUACGAUCAGUCUCCCACAUUCACACUUCCACCAAACACCUCUCGUCCACAUCUUUCUCCUUUGGUGGCAAACACAACGACAGAUAGAGAGAAACGAUGGCGUCGAACUCGCUUAUGAGCUGUGGCAUAGCCGCCGUGUACCCUUCGCUUCUCUCUUCUUCCAAGUCUAAAUUCGUAUCCGCCGGAGUUCCACUCCCAAACGCCGGGAAUGUUGGUCGUAUCAGAAUGGCUGCUCACUGGAUGCCUGGCGAGCCACGACCAGCUUACCUUGACGGUUCUGCUCCUGGUGACUUUGGGUUUGACCCACUUGGACUUGGAGAAGUUCCAGCGAACCUUGAGAGAUACAAAGAGUCAGAGCUCAUCCACUGUAGAUGGGCUAUGCUCGCUGUUCCUGGGAUUUUGGUACCAGAAGCAUUAGGAUAUGGAAACUGGGUUAAGGCUCAGGAAUGGGCAGCACUACCAGGGGGUCAAGCCACUUACUUGGGAAACCCAGUCCCGUGGGGUACUUUGCCCACAAUCUUGGCCAUUGAGUUCUUAGCCAUUGCAUUUGUUGAGCACCAGAGAAGUAUGGAGAAAGACCCUGAGAAGAAGAAGUACCCGGGAGGCGCAUUUGACCCUCUUGGAUACUCGAAGGACCCCAAGAAGCUCGAGGAAUUGAAAGUUAAAGAGAUCAAGAACGGUAAGCACACACAACAACUUACCUUUCUUGAUCAAACUUAUGUACAAAUGUAUAUCUAAUGUUGGUGUUUUUUGCUUGGUGGGUGUAACAGGGCGGCUUGCGCUGUUGGCGUUUGUAGGAUUCUGUGUGCAACAGUCGGCUUACCCGGGGACAGGACCAUUGGAGAACUUGGCAACUCACUUGGCGGAUCCAUGGCACAACAACAUUGGCGAUAUUGUUAUCCCUUUCAACUAAUGAAUGUAAAAAUAGAAAUAUGUGUACCUUAUGAGCUUUAUGUGUAUCAAAAACACUGUGUAAUGAAAGACAGAUUUGUGAAUUCCUGUAAUUUGUCUUGGUGAUCGAAUGCUCGUGUGAGCUUGAAUUCUAAGUGAUGAACCUUUUGAACCCAAAUACACAUUACAUCUCAUGCUUCCUACAGAAGAAACAUUGUAAGCUC